AUUUAUACAGUGUUUUGUCAGUGAGAGCUCACUGAUUGUCUUCAUGAUGACCAUCAUCUCUCUGCUCCUGCUGGCCUCUCUGCUGCCACACCUGACCUUCACUGCUCAUGUGGAUGUGGGUAUAGUGAACGGCAGGGAAGCAAAACCCCACUCCAGACCUUACAUGGUUUCUAUUCAGUUAAAUGGGCAACACAUCUGCGGUGGAUUCCUCAUUUCUGAUCAGUGGGUCUUGACUGCUGCACAUUGCUGGAACAGACAUGUGAAUCUGAUGGUUGUUGUUGGUGCUCAUGACUUAAGCAAUAGUGAGAUUUUGGAUCACAUCAGCGUUAGGAACUACAUCCCGCAUCCAGACUACAUAAUCUGUAAUUUGCAGAAUGACAUCAUGCUUUUGAUGCUAUAUAAAAAAGUCAGACUAAACAACAAUGUUGGACUGAUAUCAUUGCCAAAGAACAACAAAGACGUCAGUGUGGAUACUCUCUGUAGUGUUGCGGGCUGGGGAAGACUGUGGACUACUGGCUCACCGAGCGAUCGUCUAAUGGAGGCAAAUGUGACUACACUAAAUCACGAAGAGUGUCAACGUAAAUGGGAACUCAGCUACUCGGCCUUACAGAUGAUCUGUGCAUAUGGCAGUGGUGGAUCCUGCAAAGGAGAUUCAGGAGGUCCUUUGGUUUGUGGAGACACUGCAGUUGGUGUCACAUCUUUUGGAAGUUAUAAACUCUGCAAUUCACCUGAGCAACCUAAUGUGUAUACUAAAAUUUCAGCAUAUCUUCCAUGGAUCCACCAAAACAUUAGAAAAGUUAAGUAACUUCAAAACAAAAAAAGGAAGAAAUGUUUUUUUCUUGAAUUCUUUCAUGAACCUUCUUUCAAUAAACGUAUCACAUGGUAAACAUCAA